GCUGUCAUAUACGUUAGUUCACUUCGCUCCAGAAUCCCGACAGUACCACUAGUUAUUACCAAUUGGACAUUCAGUUCUUUGAAAGUAACAAUUAUGCCAGAGAAUAAACCAACACCGCCUUCUGUUCGCAUGGAUGAAUUUCAGAAUACUGUGAGCGAUUAUGGGACAGAAUUAGCAGGUGUUAAGCGACAGGUAAAAGCAGCUGUGACUCGACAGAAUGAAUUACAGGCAACAUUAGAAAAGCAGAGAGCCAUGACUUCUGAGCUGAAUGCUGAACUACAUUCACUUCGAGGCAAAGACUUGGAAGAAAAGGAGCGCGAGAAGUUCCACCUGGAGACUGUGAAGGAACUCAACCAACAGCUGAAAGCCCACAAGACUCAGCUCGAUUCCAUUCGUGCUCUCACCGCUUCCAACCGAGAGCACAUCACGCACGAGGUUUCUGAAUACGAGUGCAAGAGCAGAGAUCUCGUCAGAAGCUUCCAGUCUUUGCAACUUUUGGAUAAGGAUGAGGAAGCGCCCGCUGAGAUCCUGACGGAGGAAUACGCGAAAGAACUACAGGAAGUAAUAGAGCUGGAGAAACUUGCUGAGAAUCUAUCACGUACUCCCGGCUUAGACCUUCCUUUUGAUUACUUACGUGACUUGCUACGAGAAGUGAACGUGAAGAUCGGACACACCGAGGAAGAGAAUAAAUCCUUGCAAGAAGAGAUGUCAGGUCAUCAGGAAACUUACCAGAAGUUACAAGACGCCUAGUUAAAGUCAUCACAGAGUGAAUGGCUUCAGUUAUCUCGCCUGUUGUAGAAAGGAAGAGUCCUCUUAUGUUUUCUGUUAAAGCCUGGAAUAAUGAAGAUGAUUUUGUUGCUUUAUAUGAAAGAUUUACUCUUUUAAUUUCUCGUAUCCUGUACGUUGAAAUCUGACGAAAAAAAUAUAUAUUUACAGUUUUGAGUUUGUUUAAACAUAGAGCAGGUUUAUAAUCAGAGUUUUCGAAAAAUUGUGAUUUGUAUCGGACAUCAAUAAACAGAAUUGCUGUGUCUUCAGCUAUACGCACAUUGCAGUACACACUUUACUGCCGAGAGCUAUAAGUACUGGCAUUAUAUUUUCAUGGAUUUUUUUUUUUGCAUAAUGACCUGUAUGUGUACAAGUAAUCCACAUAAGGUGUAGGCUAAUGUUUUUAGUUGUUUACGUUGCAAAAUAAGUAUAUUA